CCCUGUCCGGUCUUGUAGAGUCCGAGAACUGCCGGGGCUGGAGAGGAGUGGCCGGAGCAGCCCGGUGAGCCUUCUGGGAAGUGGCUGAGGGAGCUGAUCAGCGGGACAGAGUAUCCAUAUCCCUGUGUCCAGUAGUUUGAUGCACCAUGGAUAACCUGUCAGCAGAAGAAGUCCAGCUGCGGGCUCACCAGGUUACUGACGAGUCUCUGGAAAGCACAAGGAGAAUCCUGGGUUUAGCCAUAGAGUCUCAGGAUGCAGGAAUCAAGACCAUCACUAUGCUGGAUGAGCAAGGGGAACAACUAAAUCGCAUAGAAGAAGGCAUGGACCAAAUAAAUAAAGACAUGAGAGAGGCAGAGAAGACUUUAACAGAACUCAACAAGUGUUGUGGCCUCUGCGUCUGCCCUUGUAAUAGAUUCUCAGUUGGUGACUGUUUCUUUGAAACCAGGACAAAGAACUUUGAGUCUGGAAAGAACUAUAAGGCAACAUGGGGCGAUGGUGGCGACAACUCACCUAGCAAUGUAGUAUCUAAGCAACCAAGCCGGAUAACAAACGGUCAGCCUCAGCAAACUACAGGAGCAGCCAGUGGUGGGUACAUUAAACGUAUAACUAAUGAUGCCAGAGAAGAUGAGAUGGAGGAGAACCUGACUCAGGUGGGCAGCAUCCUAGGCAACCUAAAGAACAUGGCUGACACCAACAAGAAUCGUAUUGACAUUGCCAAUACAAGAGCAAAGAAACUCAUUGAUAGUUAAAGCUCUGCUGUACUUCUUUAUCUGUUAACUCAGUUCUCUAGUUUCGCUGAGUCAUUUCUUUUUCAGAGUUUGAAAGGCUGUGAGAAGGAGUGGAGGAGGAAUACCUCCCUACUUUCUUACUUUCUCUUUGGGGUAGGUUCUUGCUCAGGCUUCCUUACAGUCUUUCCCAGUCACUCUCGUAGGCUUCUCCCCAUACAUCACCAUCUCUUCAUCUCUUCAUUUAGCUUCUUUUUGCGUUCAGGAUUUGGAAGCAUUGCCAAAGAGCCAUGAAGGAGGCAGCUGUAUAAGUAGCUUUUGUCAUUAUUGGUCAGUUGGUUUGGUUUUGGUUUGUUUGGUUUUGGUUUUGUGGUAAAGAGCAAGAGGAAGGAAUAGGAAAUGAAGCUGACUCAUUAAAGAAACUACAGGUCACAAAAACAUAAGCUAGUGCUUGGGGUGGGAGCUUUCACACAUGUGUUUUGUUCUACAUCACUGUUUUUCAGCUUCUGCUCCAAAGGAGAAUACAGUGAGUUUUCUAGUAGUGAGCUUUACUCCUGAACCCAUAGUGAUUUGUGUGUAUAUACAUAGGUUCUUGGAUCCUGUUUCACAUUGCACAUGCAGGAACAUUAUAUAAAUGAGUGCCUUUUAUUCUCACACAAUGAGUCAUAGCAUGGUCCCAUUGUAGGCCUGUUAACUUCAUGAAGUUGUCAGUAGCCUUUAAAAGAUAUAUAUAUAUAUAUACAAACAUACAUACACACACACACACAUACACACACACGAAAUAGAUUUCCUCAGUGUUUUUGGAAAACUUUUACAGUGUAUCAUGUGAAUUCAGAUUUACCUCAAUACUAAGAAUUAUGUUUAGAUAUGAAAAAAACUUGUUUUGAUCUCAGGUAGAAAAAUAGAUUGCUUUGAGUUUUGUGUAGUUUUAGACAUUUAAAAAGUCAUAAUUUGUUACUAAAAGUUGUUUGGAAAAUUAUGCCUUUGGAUUAAUUAUUGAUGACCGCACUGCCAUUCUCUCUGCCUUAUGCACAGAAUCAAGUUUAUGUAGAUCCUGAAGUGUUAGGAAAGCUGAAAUGGUAUUUGUCACAUUUGUUUAAAAAUUAGUAUCUGUACACUUUAGAGCUACUAAAGUAGAUUGGUUUGACCAAUAACCAUUGCUUUAUUCUUACAAUUAAAUUUUAUAAUUAA